AAUACAGAACGUGUGCCGGACGGAACGGAAACUAUAUGACGUCAGUUAGCGAAAAUCAGAUUUCCCCUCUUGUCUGUUGGCAAGUUAUUGGUUUCAGUUGGGUGCUCUCAGCGAGCUGCACGGCCUAAAUUUCCUAAUGGAAGCCCAUCAUAAAGCAUUGACGGUCAUUUUAAUACUGAUGCAGCUGCAGUAUUCGCCUUCAAGCGAACAAAGUGUCACUGAUAGUGUGUGCCGAUUAGAAAAUUUGGUGACAAAGCAAGAUUUUUCUUGGAGGAAGAGAUCAGAUCAGUUUGAGUGCAUUGCAAAAUGUAGUGCAGCGACAGAGGCUCAGAGCGACGAGAAAUCGAAGAAACCGAGUUUUUUACGACGAAUAUUUACGCCAGUUAUGAAAGCUAUUAAUUGCUUCACUCAGCCUAGAAAGGUCACAGCUUUUUGCAAAGCAAAAGUGAAAGAGCUGAUAAUGCAGCAGAGUGGGGACUAUCCGCUGUUUUAUUUUCCGGUUUUGAUCCAGGAUGGUAGAUUUAAAGCAGAAAAGUUCUGUCGAAGCCAUUUUCUCGACUUUGGUGUCGAAUCAUCGAUGCUGUCAUUUAUGAUGAGCAAUUAUCCAAAUUUUCCAAAAAAUAUAAAACUGUGGACCAGCGACGUCGAAGUGAUGGACGCGACAGCGAAGAACAGGACGGUCGCCUGCAAAGUCUUUACAAUGAGGCGGGGCAACUUCACCACUGAACUCGAAAAUUGUGACAAUCCUAACUUCUUUAUCUGUAUACUGCCAGAAUUAUGCCACGAGGAAACGUGCGCUUCUAGAUGCACUGGCCAAAAAUGCAAAGAAUCAAAGUCUAAAGAAGAGUGUACUGCAGAAUGCAUGAAACCCAAUUGCGGAAAUGAAAUAACAGCGAAAUUUGGAUACAAAUCCUCUGACGGAGAAUUCUUUGAAAAAUGCGGCUACCAAUACCUUGUGUCCAAAUCUGUUUCGUUUUCACCAAAUGCGGCUCGAAUGUUUUGCUGUACCAAGCAAAUGAGUCUCAUUGGAUUAUAUUCUGAAGAAGAAUCCAAGUGCUUGGCGGCUGAGUUAAUCCGUCGCAAACUGCACGUUCAAGCGUUCUGGACGAGUGCGAAUGUUUCUGCCACUUGUUCCGACACGUACUUUUGGUGCAAUUUAGACGGUUCGGCCGAAUUAAUUGAUUCAAAUCUCCUGCCGAACAACCCUGAUACGAGCAAAAAAUUGGCCGCCCAAGUGGACAACGCAACAGGCUCAAUUGUCUAUGAAUUCGAGAGCAGCUCCUCUUUAAGAAGGGUGAUAUGCAAACGCGUGCUGCCACAUAGGUGCACAGAGAGCGUUUGCAUUCCUGUAGGCUGCGAACUGGAGUACAAAGAAAAUCUCAAGAGGAAAUUCACUCCAGCUGUGUAUCGACCUGGCUGUGUCUACGUAAAUGGUUGCAAUAGAAUUUACGACGUUUCAACUGUUCUGAAAGAGACGCAAUUUCAGGCUGCAAAAUAUUCUUGUGCGAAUUUCGAUGUGAACACCACGUUUUGUGCCUUAGAAACGAAAGAGGAAUUUGAUUGUCUACUUAAGGUGUUCAAAGCUAACAAUAUAAAGAGCGGCCAAUACUACGUGUCCGCGUCCUCUUUCGGUUGUCCACGCUCGGUCCGGUGGUGCAAUGAACGGGAUAAUCCUUUGAUGGAAGGGCCUCACAUCCAGUGGGAGGAGGGCGAGCCUUCCAUGGAUCCGUCCAAGGAGUGUGUCUACGCCCGAUACAACAACGUCACAAACCAAAUCACCUUUGGAAAAAUACACUGUGCAGUGAAUUUGUGGUACAUCAAGGAAAGUGAACCCAUCUACACCAACAACAGUUUUGGACUUGAUUAAUUUGUCCGUAACUAAUAAUAAUCCAAGUGCAUCUACAAUUAAAAGAAAUUUAAAUUCGGUGUAUUUGUUUCAAACUCAACGAGCUAUUCAGUUUUUUGUAUUAAAAAGACGUUUUUAUUUGUUUAAGUGACUGUUUUAGAUGCAAGAUUUCACCAAAAUAUAUUACAGAUUAGCAGGG